AUGGGAGAAGAUCCACGAGCCAAAGAGAGCAUCUUUGCCCCCAUUAUUAAGCAAUUCUCGAAGUUGGAGUUCACAGGGUUCAUUCCAAUGGAUUGUCGCUUUGCUGAUUCGGAUGAUAUGAAAAAAACAAGAAAACAAAUUCAGAAAAGCUCCGCUAUUCUCCGCUCUCCAGAAACCAUCAGCCUGAAUGCUCACACCUUUUAUAUCUACCUUGCUGAAAGCUUCAAAAAAGAACUUGCAGUUUCAUUGAAGGUUGUUCAACAACGAUUACGCAGUGAUCUAGAACAGACACACGAGUCUGAGAAAAUGGCAAACAUUCUCUCCUUCAUUCCGACCACCCUCACCCGUCUAGUUCAUAUCUGUGACCAGCUAAGCAAAACUGGUCUGCUGCUGUUUCUUCACAACGAAUCAUCACCGGAAAAGUCAUUCCUGAUUUGUCAAUCCAAAAAAUUGCUCUCUGAUGUCACUGGGACAGUGUUUGCUCCUGAGCAUUUGCGUCAGCACUGCGAUCUUGCCUCAAGUACUGGAGUGGUUCCUUUAUCCAAAUUUGCCGAAACUUUCAGUAACUACGACAUUGAAAUGCUGAUUGCUUUCAUGACACAUUUAGAACUGUGCUUUGAGAUCAAAGACAAGCAGGUUCUAGAGUACAUUCAGAAGAUGGAGCCAGACCUAGACGACACUCGCUACCUCUUCUUUCCCGGGCUUAUCAAAAUCGAAACUCCAGAGCGUGUGUGGGAGGAAGACCCUUCCAUGAGUUACCACUUUGGCUGGAUAAUUGAAACCUUUCAAGACACAGAUUUUUUCGAUCCUCGCUGCCUUCAGGUCCUCAUUCUGAGAAUAGUGUUCACGUUCGGCCUUGCUCCUGCUAGCAAAGUACUACACCAUGUUCCUUCCCUGCAGAAAUUUUGCUCUGUGUGGAAAAGUGGGAUCUGCUGGUGCAAUGAUGAUGGGAUCACCACACACCUCGAGCUUUGCAACAAUAAAUCUUUCACUAUUAAAAUACGAGCCGAAGUUGUUACACCUGAGAGUCUAGCCCAUCGCUCCAAGGUAGUCAACAAAGUUAUCGAAACAGUUAAGGAUAUUUGUUCCAAAAUUGUUGUUCUGGAAUCACUAAUCGAUUCACAGGAAGUUGUCAGUCAUCCUCUAAAACCUUCCUCAGAGCUAACUUUGUUUAGUGUUAAAGAUUUUGCUGCAGCUGUCAGCUCUCAAAAAGGAACUGUGAAGUCUGUUCAUCGAGCUCGUUCAAUAAAAUGUCUUCUCCAGUUUGAGCCGUACGCUGGUUUGGAUGUCAACACCCUACAGUGUAUUCACAGUGACAAAAAUGUCAUGAAAGAUGAUCAAAUUUCAAAUGCCUUUAUUUCUCAUUUUGCUAGUCAAAUUUCCAAUCCAAAAAGUAUUCUCUUGUAUAGACAAAUCCUGAGCCAAUCUCGAGCUUCUAAUGUCAACAUUCAGCCCAGACAGGAGGUGGUCCAAGCCCUUGAGACGUGGAGGAGUGAAACUGAGGGAACUUACAGCUGUCUGAGGGAGACUCUCAACAAGUACAGUGUCCUCACUUGGAGAAACCCUCUGGAUCUAGCUGGUGUGGCUCAUGAUGUUAUUGAUCCCUCUGUGUUUAGUAGCAGUGGUGAUGAUCAAAAGGAUCCGGGGACCACCAUCGUCCAUGAGUUGAUGGUCAAGCAUGGAGUCACUGACGAGCAGUUGGAUCGAGAGAUUGUACAAGACGACCUUGCUCUAGUAGCUACACACUUUGAUAAUGUGGAGCUCUACCUCAACCCACUGAAGUUGACUGACAAUGAACAAGCUGACGUGAAGAGAGAUGCUUUUGUUAAAGGCAAUCAAGUGGCAGUGAUCAACUGUUUGUCAAUCUGGAGGGGUCACGAACCCAGCGAAACAACCUUCAGAGCACUGAUUAGAAUCUUAUUGGAUCUGAAGAAGGAAGAAAUUGCUAUCCAGAUCUGUCAGUACUUGAAAAUAAGAUCCAGUGAUCUAUGAGUGCUGGGAACUGUUAAACUGUUGUAGGACUCUUGUACUGAUUUGAACUUGACGUUUAUUGUGUUAUAAAUCUGUUUAUACUCUUGUUGCUGCAUUUUGAUCUUUACCUAAACAAUUCUAGCCUG